AGAACAAUGAACUGUGCUUCUCCUGAGAUACAUCCACGACCCAGUGAAAUCAUCCACAAAGACCGCCACCUAACUCUCAAAAGCUGUGUCAGAGCUCCUUGUGUGAGGGUCUAUAAAAACAUGGGAGUACUCAUCAGAGUAGACACUUGUUCAGUAGCACAGAGUGCCUGGAUCACCAUGAGAGUGUUGACCAGCAUUGUCCCUCUGAUUCUCAUCGUGUGGUGUGGAGGCCAGACCGGAGCACUGCCUGUGCAGGAGAAACCGCUAAGCAAUCAGAGUUUGGCUGUUGAGGAGAGGAUGCUGCUGUUGAAGAUGUUGGCUGGCCUGACAGAGAAGAACUUGACAGAGGAGAACCUGACCAGCUACGACCAUGAGGGUCUUCUGAACGGUACCCUGAAGGAGACCUCUGUUCCGACCCCACAAGAGCGCUCGCCCUGUAAGAACUUCUUCUGGAAGACCUUCUCUUCCUGCUGAUGGGGGGGAAGAAAGGGUUAGCGAGGAGAGGAUGGCUGUGGGUGCACCUUGGCAGUCCGUGUCCACUCUGGAUCUGAGUGGAAAGCAUGUGACUAACCAGCAUCUACUGCUGGAGUCCUUUGUCUUCUGUAACUCUGUGCAUGGCCUUGCAGGACCUUUAUGUUUUUGCAUGGAUUUGGUCACAUUCAUGAUUGUCCAUGGUGAAACAGCAUCAAACUGCCAUCAUCCAUAUGAUCUGUGUAUCUCAUCUCUAUAGUUCUGUUUUAAAUUCAAACUCCUUGUAUGGUUUAACUGCUUGGAUCAAAUAUAUCACAGAAACUGAUCUGACUGAAAUCAGACCAACUUUGAGGUACCAUUACAAAGUAAGUUUGCUCAGGCAUGAUAGUAUUUCCCAUCUCCAUCAUGACAUUUUUCGAGAGGCCUCGAACUAACUGUUUCACUCCCUUUUAAGGUAGCUACUGGGGUCCUAUUGUACCGGCCGCCAUCAGAAAUUAAAUGUUUUACCCAUUCAAAGAUUCAACUACUUUUGUAUCAUCAAAAUGUAACACUGUUUUGCUAGUAAACUAUAAUUAACAUAACAGAGAGGCUCUUACAAAUGUACUUGACAAUUAUUUCUACAGCUUAUCCAAACAAAAUCUAAACGGAGAAAAUCAACAAGCAGUUACAAAGUUAAAUGUUUAUUUUAUAUUUUGAAGGGCUAAAAAUAAGACUUGAAA